AUAAUCACCACGGUAGUAGCCAUAGUAAUCGUAGUAUCCAGCAUCACCAUAUUUAUAACCGUACUUGUUGGGCUUGCUGUCGUAAAAUGCAGCGCUGCCAUAGACGUCCUUGUAAUCGUACUUAUCGGCGUUUUUGCCAUAGACGGCAAGGCUGCCAAUGAACUUGCCGCUCUUCUUGUCAUAGUAGCCAGCCUUGGAGACGUAAUUUCCGUAUUCGUCCUUGUACAUAGCGGAUCCUCUAUGGCCCUUGCCAUAAUCACCACGGUAGUAGCCAUCGUGGUCAUAGCCCUUACCAUAAUCACCACGGUAGUAGCCAUCGUGGUCAUAGCCCUUGCCGUAAUCACCACGGUAGUAGCCAUCAUGGUCGUAGCCCUUGCCAUAAACACCACGGUAGUAGCCAUCAUGGUCGUAGCCCUUGCCAUAAUCACCACGGUAGUAGCCAUCGUGGUCAUAGUCCUUGUCAUAUCCGCCAUCGUAGUAUUUUCCAUCGACUGACUUUUCAUCAUCACGGCGAGCCAAAGAGAUAGGCGAUCCCUGUACACUGGAGAGGAUGGCCAUGGCAGCAACGGAAAGAGCGAUAUUGAGACGCAUGUUGAGUUGUUUUGAGGAGAAAGGUAGUAUAAGAGAGCACAGAACG